AAGUGAGGUCCCGUUUGUGGUGUUCUGUGCAUUACGAGUCUCCUCAGGUCCCAAGCAGAUGGUCCCAGCCAGAAGCCUUCCAGAAGUCAUCACACGCCACACAGGCAAACACCAUGUUGCUGAGGAGAAAGGGUCUUCCCCCGCCACUCCUAGCUGAUUUAUUAUCUUCUCAGUCUGCUCUCAGGACCUCUGUUUCUUCUUCUAGACACAGAACACCUCUGCUGUCUUAUUAUGAACUCACCCACGUGAACCUUCACUGUUUUUCAUUUGACCUGACUUAUUGUCAGAUAAAGAGUCAAAGAAGGGAGGAAAUGAAGAGAAGGGACCUAAAGGGGUGCUCCAGUUUUGGGGUUCUCCCUGGUGGAGAGCCCUCUGCGGCUUCCAGACCUGAUAGAUGUGGGUCUGAAACUGGUGCCCAGGGGCUGCUCUUCAUAAUAUUCACUGUUGCUAAGUCGCUUCAGUCGUGUCCGACUCUGUACGACCCCAUAGACGGCAGCCCACCGGGCUCCCCCGUCCCUGGGAUUCUCCAGGCAAGAACACUGGAGUGGGUUGCCAUUUCCUCCUCCAAUGCAUGA